CCGUAGCUAAUGAAGGGUAGCGUAUAAGAAAAAAACAGUAGAAAGGUGAAGCGUGAAGAUAAAUAAAUCCAGGUAAAAGAGCAAUUCGUUCAUCCACAUUCAUCUAUAUAUCUGUAUAAUUUGCCCCUCCGUUUUGGAAAAUUCCGCCCGAAAGUUUUUAGGGGCCUCUCUCUCUCUCUCUAAAACUACGCAGAUACCGUAUUUCUCCGUUUUUCUCUCUCUAAAAUUUGUUUCUGGCUCGUUUUUAAUUUCGAUUAAUCCUGGUCUGUUAUUCAUUCAGGACUAAUUGGGGGAGAUAUGACGCAUACUUUAAUUCGACCGACCAAUUUGCCUUCUUCUGUAGUUUUGGGCAACAAUGGGCAGUUGAAUGGAUCUAAUAAAGCAAGAAAGGCACCGACUAUGUUGUGCAGCACACAACCGACUGCCAUUAGGUUGCAGAGUUUCUCGGGAUUGCGUCGAGCUAAUUCGUUAGAUAUAAUGGUGUGGCAACCUCGCCACACUCUCCAAUCGAAGGUGGCAGCUGCGAUAGCACCUGUGAGGCAAGGUAGAAAGUCGCGGAUGGCUCCACGAGCCAUGUUCGAGCGCUUCACGGAGAAAGCGAUAAAAGUGAUUAUGCUCGCGCAGGAAGAGGCGAGGCGGCUCGGCCAUAAUUUCGUCGGAACCGAGCAGAUCUUGUUGGGCCUUAUCGGUGAGGGCAGUGGAAUUGCUGCAAAGGUCAUCAAGUCGAUGGGGAUAAAUUUGAAAGAUGCACGUAUAGAGGUGGAGAAAAUUAUUGGAAGGGGUAGUGGAUUUGUUGCUGUGGAGAUUCCUUUCACACCUCGUGCGAAGCGUGUUCUUGAACUCGCUCUCGAAGAAGCCCGCCAGCUCGGUCACAAUUACAUUGGAUCAGAGCACGUGCUUCUUGGAUUACUGCGCGAGGGUGAAGGUGUGGCUGCACGUGUACUCGAGAACUUAGGGGCUGACCCUAACAAUAUUCGAACUCAGGUUAUUAGAAUGGUGGGUGAAAGUGUAGAGGCUGUUACUGUUAAGGGAGACGGAAACUCGAACGGCAAAAUGCCUACUUUGGAGGAGUACGGUACUAAUUUGACGAAGCUCGCUGAGGAGGGUAAACUAGACCCUGUUGUUGGAAGGGCGGCUCAAAUCGAACGUGUCACUCAAAUUUUGGGACGGCGCACAAAAAAUAAUCCUUGCCUUAUUGGAGAACCUGGUGUUGGAAAAACAGCUAUUGCAGAAGGCCUUGCCCAGAGAAUAGCCAAUGGUGAUGUUCCAGAGACUAUCGAGGGUAAAAAGGUUAUUACCCUGGAUAUGGGUCUUCUUGUUGCCGGGACUAAGUACCGUGGUGAAUUUGAGGAAAGGUUAAAGAAGCUGAUGGAGGAGAUUAAGCAAAGCGAUGACAUCAUCCUCUUUAUUGAUGAGGUGCACACAUUGAUUGGAGCAGGAGCUGCUGAAGGGGCAAUUGACGCUGCAAACAUCUUGAAGCCUGCACUAGCUCGUGGCGAACUUCAGUGUAUCGGCGCAACUACCCUGGAUGAAUACCGUAAGCAUAUUGAAAAGGACCCUGCACUAGAAAGAAGGUUCCAGCCUGUCAAGGUACCUGAACCCACAGUAGAUGAAGCUAUUCAGAUUCUCAAAGGUCUUCGAGAACGUUACGAGAUUCACCACAAGCUCCGCUACACUGAUGAAUCUUUAGUUGCUGCAGCGCAGUUGGCUCAUCAGUAUAUCAGUGACCGGUUUUUGCCUGACAAAGCAAUUGACUUGAUUGAUGAAGCUGGUUCACGAGUCCGACUUCGUCAUGCACAGCUCCCUGAGGAAGCCAGAGAACUCGAGAAAGAGCUCAGGCAGAUUACCAAGGAGAAGAACGAAGCUGUUCGAGGUCAAGACUUUGAGAAGGCUGGUGAACUACGAGAUAGAGAAAUGGAUUUCAAGGCACAGAUAUCAGUCCUCAUAGACAAAAACAAAGAGAUGACCAAGGCAGAAAACGAGGCAGGUGACGGAGGCGCAAUCGUAACCGAAGUAGACAUUCAGCACAUCGUAGCCUCGUGGACCGGCAUCCCGGUGGAUAAAGUCUCCACCGACGAAUCCGACCGCCUCCUCAAGAUGGAGGACACCCUCCACACCCGUGUCAUUGGUCAGGACGAGGCGGUCAAAGCCAUCAGCCGGGCCAUCCGCCGGGCCCGCGUGGGCCUCAAGAACCCCAACCGCCCCAUCGCCAGCUUCAUCUUCUCGGGCCCCACCGGUGUCGGAAAAUCCGAGCUGGCAAAAUCUCUCGCCACCUACUACUUCGGGUCCGAAGAAGCCAUGAUCAGGCUCGACAUGUCCGAGUUCAUGGAGAGGCACACCGUAUCGAAACUCAUAGGAUCGCCGCCCGGUUACGUGGGGUACACCGAGGGAGGGCAGCUGACCGAAGCCGUUCGCCGCCGCCCGUACACGGUUGUGCUUUUUGACGAGAUCGAAAAGGCCCACCCCGACGUAUUCAACAUGAUGCUUCAAAUUCUUGAAGACGGGCGUUUGACCGAUAGUAAAGGUCGGACGGUCGACUUCAAGAAUACCCUUUUGAUCAUGACUUCGAACGUUGGCUCUAGUGUGAUCGAAAAGGGUGGCCGUAGGAUUGGUUUCGACCUCGAUUACGACGAGAAGGAUAGCAGUUACAACAGGAUCAAGAGCCUUGUGACUGAGGAGUUGAAGCAGUAUUUCAGGCCGGAGUUUUUGAAUAGGCUUGACGAAAUGAUUGUGUUUAGGCAGCUAACGAAGCUUGAAGUGAAGGAGAUAGCCGAUAUUAUGCUGAAAGAGGUGUUUGUGAGAUUGAAGGAUAAGGAUAUCGAGCUUCAAGUGACUGAGAGGUUUAGGGAUAGGGUGGUUGACGAGGGCUACGACCCUAGCUAUGGGGCUAGGCCGCUUAGACGAGCUAUUAUGAGGCUUUUGGAGGAUAGCAUGGCGGAGAAAAUGCUUGGCGGUGAAAUUAAGGAAGGUGAUUCGGUUAUUGUUGACGUUGAUUCUGAUGGGAAGGUGGUUGUUCUCAAUGGUAGUAGCGGUGCUCCGUCGGAAAUGGCUGAGGAGCCGAUUGUGUUUGUCUAGAUGUGGGCCCCAUUGGUCUUUUUUCUGCACUGUUUCUGCUGAUUUUUCUAGCAUCGAAAAGUGAUUGGUUCGAAGCCAGUCCAAGAAAAUGACAGUUUUGAGGCAUUUAACUUAAAAAUUAGCCUAGAUGGUAGACUCUUAUUUACUUAUACUGAACAAUGUGCAGAUUUGUAGUCUUAUUGGUUAAGUAUUAUUUCUUUUAUGUUUGGUAGAAACAGUUUGAAUUUAUUAUUAAUUUUUUUUUCUUCAAG